AUGGAGGUGAUCAUGGGUAAAAUGAGAUGUUUACACGCUUUGGGUGAAUGGGAGCAACUAUCAGAAUUAGCUCAAAGUAAAUGGAACUCCUCCACUAACGACAUUAAAAGAAGUGUCGCGCCUUUAGCUGCGGCUGCAGCUUGGGGUUUAGGCCAAUGGGAUAGAAUGGAUGCUUAUAUAAAGGUGAUGAAAUCCGAGUCACCCGAUAAGUCUUUCUUUAGUGCCAUCUUGAGUUUACACAGAAACAAUUUUGAAGAUGCAUCCAAUCACAUCUUGAAUGCGAGAGAUUUAUUAGUCACUGAAAUCACGGCAUUGGUGAGUGAAAGUUAUAAUAGAGCUUACGGUGUUGUGGUACGGGUUCAGAUGUUGGCAGAACUUGAAGAAAUCAUUAAGUACAAGUGCUUGCCUCUGGGCUCUGAAAAGAGAGCACUUAUGCGCAAAACUUGGAAUGCACGUCUUCUUGGCAGUCAGCGAAAUGUUGACAUAUGGCAGAGGAUGUUAAAGGUGAGGACACUCGUCAUAAAACCUAAGCAAGAUAUGGAGAUGUGGAUUAAAUUCGCUAACUUGUGCCGGAAGUCUGGAAGGUUCAAUUUGGCCGAAAAGUCUUUGAAUAGCUUGUUGGAGGAAGGUUCACCAGAAAAUCCAUCACGGGCGCCACCACAAGUUGUUUAUGCGCAAUUGAAGUAUAUGUGGGCCAAAGGACAAAGGAAGGAAGCUCUUCGGCAUUUGGUGGACUUUACAACGCGUAUGUCUCAAGAUUUAGGAUUGAAUCCUAACGACUUGAUCACCCAACCAAUUCCACUGAACGGACCUGGUGUUCCGAAGCAUGUGGAAGAGUAUACACGUCUACUUGCUAGAUGUUUCUUGAAGCAAGGUGAAUGGCAAGUUGUUUUAAAUAACAAUUGGAGAACAGAAACUUCUGAAAUUAUUUUAGGCGCCUACUUGCUAGCCACACACUUCGAUAGCAAGUGGUACAAGGCCUGGCACAACUGGGCUUUGGCAAACUUUGAAGUCAUAACCCUUCAUACCCAAAAUAAUCGCGUUGAAGUUUCUAACGGCACCACGCAUGCUUCGGAGACUCAAGAAAAGCAAGUCCCAACAACAGGAGGUCAUUUCAAUUGA